AGCUGAGCAUGCUGGGAGCACUAUUCAGUCUGCAGGCCUGUGUGCUGAGGAGAACAGAGGCAGCUCUCCUCAAUGGAAGCCUCCUGCAAGCUGCUGGGGACCGAGCCCGGGACAGGGCACAUGUAAUCAGAGACGUGACAACUUUGUGAUGUGCGGCUUUCUAGAAUCUACCGGCAAGUCACAAUGAAUCAGGAUGCAGUAACUCCUCCAGAGGUAGCAGAGACACUGGCUGAGGUGCCUGAACAUGUUCAUAGAGGGCUUCCUGAGGAAGUAGUGCUCGCUCCCUCUGCUGUUAAUAAGUUGCGACUGGGUAUCUGGGCCAGAAAGCAGCUUCCAAGAGGAAAGAAAUUUGGGCCUUUUGUUGGAGAGAAGAAAAAGCGUUCUCAAGUGAAGAACAAUGUCUACAUGUGGGAGGUGUAUUAUCCAAACCUGGGCUGGAUGUGCGUUGAUGCCACAGAUCCACAAAAAGGCAACUGGUUGCGGUACGUGAACUGGGCUCGCUCAGCAAAGGAGCAAAACCUCUGCCCUCUGGAGAUCAACAGAGCUAUAUACUAUAAAACCCUGAAGCCAAUUGAGCCGGGAGAGGAGCUCUUAGUCUGGUACAAUGGAGUAGACAACCCAGAGAUAGCAGCUGCCAUAGAGGAAGAGCUCGCUGCCAGCCACAGGAGCAAGAGGAGCUCGCCCAAAUCCAGGAGGGGAAGGAGGAGAUCACUCCAUGCUAAAAAGAAACUAAACCUAAACACACAAGAAAAGAAGAGUGGCUCCGACGUGGACUCUGCCGCUAUGAAAGAUUCACCAGACGCUCCAAAUGAAGAGGAGGCAAAGCCACUAGCCUCUCCUGUCCUAUCUCUUGAACAGACAGCCGUUAUACAAGAAAUGGUGAAUCACAAUGUCCUUCCAAAUCUAAUUUCCAUCCCUACCACUGAACUACCUAAAGUAACAGACAGCCAGACUGUGGAGGAAGAGCUUGCUGAACAGGAGCCAAUUGAGGACUCGCAGAAAGAAAGUUCAGAGAGGGAGUCUAUAAAUCAGGAAGAUGAAAGUGCAGAAAUGCUUGAUGACCUCAGGAGUACAUCUGAUGAGACUCCUGAAGGUUCUCCCAAAAAGAAACCUAUUAACAUCCCUAAACCUAAAGGGGAUGUUAAUGGAGAUUCACUAGAAGGUUUUAUGUUCCCAUGCCAGCACUGUGAGAGGAAAUUCACAACAAAACAAGGGCUAGAACGGCACAUGCAUAUUCAUGUUUCUACAAUAAACCACGCAUUCAAGUGUCGAUACUGUGGAAAAGCUUUCGGAACACAGAUUAACCGGAGAAGACAUGAGAGACGCCAUGAAUCCGGGCCUAAAAGAAAAUCUUUAGUCUUGUCCACACCUAGUGAAUUUGGCCAUGUUCACAAACACAUAAUAGAUUCUCUGAAAGCAACAGAUGAAUACAGCAGUUCUCGAGCACAAAGCAAAAUGACUGAUUCUGACAGGGAAACUUCACAUUCUGUACUCUCUGAAGAAAAUGGCGAGUCAAGCAGAGAAUUGCACCCAUGCAAGUACUGUAAGAAAGUCUUUGGAACCCACACAAACAUGCGUCGACACCAACGCAGAGUUCACGAGCGUCAUCUUAUUCCAAAAGGAGUGAGACGAAAAGGGCACCUGCUUGAAGAUCCACAACUAAAACCUGAGCAGUCUCCACCAGUUGAAAACAUUUAUGUAGCAAACACAGAAAUUGAGGAAGACGGAGAAGCAGAUGAUGUAUAUAUUAUGGAUGUUUCCAACAAUAUAUCCGAAAACCUAACCUACUUCAUUGAUGGUAAACUGCCAACCUGCAGCACAAGUAGCACAUGUGAUGUAAUAGAGGUAGAGACCAGCACUGCUGAUGUACUAGGAAUUAAUUGUUUGCUUACCCCUAUCAAGGUUGAAGUUUCUCAGAAUGUAAGACUCCUCCAAACUGCCCCUGAUAAUCCAAAUCCUCUAAGUGACACUUCUGGCAGUGGAGUCUUGGAGCCUAAGAAAAGACGAACAAUUAGCCCCCCUUUACUAUCAAAAAUUAAAACUGAAGUGGAGCUUGAGCCAAUUACACCUUCUUGCUCCCUAACAAUUCCUUUAAGUGUUUCUGUAGGUGAUAAUUUGACCUUUCCAAAAGAGAAAAGUGUUUAUUUAUCUUCUAAACUAAAGCAGCUCCUUCAAAUGCAAGACGGCAAUAAGUCUCAGAUAAGUCCAUCAUUACUCUCCGAAAUUCCAAAGUUGAGCCCGGCUGUGUCUUCCUUGACAUCUAAUUCAAACAGGUUUAAAAGGCGUACCAGCUCUCCUCCCAGUUCACCACAGCUCAGCCCAGCCCCAAAAGAAUAUGUUAAGCAAGAAGGAAAAAACACUUGGAAUGAAGGACUUGGCCCAAAAAUACCAAAGCUGGAAAGUCAAAGCAGCUCACCUGUCUGGAGUUUAUCUGGUAGAGAAGAAAGAGAGAACUUGAGCCCAUGUGAAGAUCUAAAGGUUAAUAAAGAGUGGUCUUCAAAUGUGUCCUUUGGCAUUGCUUGUAACCAGCAACCGUUGGACUUAUCCAGUGGAGUAAAACAGAAAUGUGAAAGCAAAAGUCGAUCACAGGUUCCUUGGGAGUCCGUGCUUGAUCUUAGCAUAAGUAGAAAGCCCUUCUGUGACACAGAGGCCAAGGAAUAUAAAGGGAAUAACAUUGGUGUAAAAAAGAAGAAGCCUACAACGUGUAUGUUAAAAAAGGUCCUGCUAAAUGAAUAUGAUGUAUUACAAGCUCCAGAAGAAAGUGUUUCACAGCCAGAUACUAUUGUGCUUCCCUGUAGAACAGAUGAGCUCAGACCUGUAGAAGAACUUGAUCUUGGCUCAUGUGAAGACAUUCUUAUUCCCUUGGAAGUUACUUCUGCUUUAGAUGAGAGCACGUGCACAGCAGUAUGCCAGUCACCACCUAUACUAACACCUUCUGAAGCUCCUUCACCUACCCUAUGUCCUCCAUUUUUAACAGACUCUACAUUGCCACCACCUAUUCUUACAACUAAUAUUCCUUCAUUACCAGAUUCUUCAUACAGUGUUCCUCCUACUCCAUCUUGUGCUUCACCUCUUUCUGCCGGCACACAAUCGCCGCUUCCAGUUCUUUCUCGCACAGUAUCUCCAUCUCCUUCCCUCACCACUGAUGAUCCUUCUGGGUGCGCUUCCCCUGGUCCACCUACGCUUUCCUCUUCAUCAUCAUCUUCUUCUUCUUCUUCUUCCACUUCAUCAUCAUCAUCAUCGUCGUCGUCAUCUUGUUCAUCUCCUCCACCUCUGUCGGUAGUCUCUUCAGUUGUAUCUCCCUCUUUAAAUUCAGAAUCUUCUGCACCUAUAUUUAAGCAAGAAAAGCAUGAUGAAGAAGCACCAACUGAAGACUUUUUACAGAUGGGUCAAAAUGAUUCCAUUUGUGAACGUUUUAGUAAAUCCUUUGUUUGCAAUGUUUGUGACUCUCCUUUUAUGUCUAUUAAAGACCUUGCCAAGCAUCUGGUUGUGCAUGCAGAGGAAUGGCCUUUCAAAUGUGAAUUCUGUGUUCAACUUUUUAAAGAUGUAUCAUGCCUCUCUGAACAUCGUUCUGUGCUUCAUGGGGUGGGCAAGAUUUUUGUAUGCUCAAUAUGCAAAAAGGAGUUUGCUUUUCUUUGUAACUUACAACAACAUCAGCAGGACCUGCAUGCAGAUAAAGAAUACAGUCACAGGGAACUGGAAAGUGGGACGCUUAGGCCGCAGAACUUCACAGACCCCAAUAAAGCAAGUUCAAUCCAAAAUGAAAGUAUGGAUGAGGACCCCAUGACGCCAUCACCAGAGGAUGAUGAUUUAAAUGAUUCUUCUGAAGAACUAUAUACAACUAUUAAAAUCAUGGCUGCUGGAGAAAAAUCUAAAGAUCCAGAUGUACGCAUGGGACUUAAUCAGCACUACCCAAGCUUUAAACCACCACCCUUUCAAUACCACACCAAAAAUCCCAUGGGCCUUGGGUCAACUGCAACAAAUUUUACUACCCAUAAUAUUCCUCAAACCUUCACUACUGCUAUACGUUGCACUAAAUGUGGGAAGGGUGUUGACAAUAUGCCUGAAUUACACAAGCAUAUAUUAGUUUGUGCUUCUGCCAGUGACAAAAAAAGAUACACUCCGAAAAAAAAUCCAAUACCCUUGAAACAGACUGUGCAGCCUACAAAUGGGGUAGGGGUGGUAGUUCUGGAAGCUACAGAGAAGAAUUCAUUUAGACGAAUGGGUCAACCUAAAAAACUUAAUUUUACUAUUGAAAUUGGCAAAAUGUCCUCAACCAAGCUUAAAUUGGGUGCAAUAAAAAGGAAAAACCAGCUAGUUCAGAAGGCAAUUUUACAAAAGAACAAGAAAUCAAGGCAAAGAUCUAUUGACUCAACACCUCAUUUUUGUCCCUAUUGUAAUCGAGAGUUUACCUAUAUUAAAAGCUUGAAUAAACAUGCUUCAUUUAGUUGUCCCAAAAAGCCAGCUUCUCCACCCACCAAAAAACCAAGCCCCAAACCAUCAAAAAAACCAUUGUUUGUCAAGAAGAAAAAAUCCAGCAUUACUCGGCGAACAGCAGAUGCAGAGAUACAGAUGCAAAAUAUGGAGUUAAAUUUGGGUAAAACUAGAGCAAGGAGCUUGGCACCUGCUUCUGUUCCACCGCCAACAGCACCCAUCAAGUCUAAGCAGAAUGUGAAACCUCCUCCUCCUCCAGUGAAGUCCAAAAAGCAGACUAUCCCUGUUGUAAGGAACACAAGCCCUGUGAGACUACCUAAGAGCCAAAUGUUCCAUGAGGGGAAAAAAUCUAAGAAAGCCACACUCCAAGUUCUGCACCCUUUUGGGAGAACACAGAGGAAACUCCACAUGCGAAUGCAAAAAAACAAGUUGCCAAACAAGCAUCUAGCCAAGAAGAAAACAAAGGACAAGUUCAGUGCAAAGUCCAGGGAGAGGGUUAGUGGACCCCGAACUAGAAGCUCUGCAGACUAUUCAGAUAAAAGAGAAGAUGGAAGGCAAGAAUCUAGGGGCCUGUAUUAAAUUGCAUCCUUUUCCGAAGAUCAUCCAAACAUGGAAUAGCUGUUGCAUGAUCAAGAUAAAAUAAGCACUACAGAAUGACCGCAGGAGAGCGCAAUGCAGACCGCACUCUGAGAAGCAGCCAAUCCUCUGCAGCUUUGUCACCACGUGAUUUCCUCCCGUGUUUUUCUGGCAUGCUUAAAACUACUGUUCAUUCCAGGAGGACUCUGUACUUUCAGCAUGGAGCUGCUCAUUCAGAACGAUUAUUCUUGGAACAAAGGAGAUGUUAUACAGGGAAUGUUAUAGACAUUAUCUAUUCCCCUUGUAAACUUUAUUUAAAAAAAAUAUAUAAAAAUGUACAAAAGUUGGCAAUUCAGGGUUUUGCAAAUAUUGCUGCAUUUGACACAAGUACUUUUGUGGAAAGUACCGAACUGAUUUGAAACCUUUUUUCUAUAAAUCCUGCAAUUGAAACCUAAAAUGUUCAUAAAGGACAGUUCGCAAGUUUAAGAUUCCCAGCACUAGACAUAGGAAAUAGUAUUUAAAUACUAUUACUUCUACUACAUUGUUUUUACCAAAUUUAAAUUUCACAUUUUUAUAUUCACAGAGCUGUAGUCUAAAGGUAUGUAACUUUUUAAAAUGUGUCCUUUUCUGAGUUUCAUUUUAUGAUAAAGGCUGUGGAUGGUGGUCUUUGAAAAUCAUUUUCUGGUCUCGUAAUUGCCAGAUUUCAUAUAUUGCACACCUGUUUUUAUUAGUACUGUUAGGUAGUUAUUGUUUUGGCCUGUCUAUUCUAUGUCACUACUAUUGGAGCAGUAAUCAUGUAGUAUUCUCUAUAUACCCUCCUCUGUCAUCAGUUUAAAAAAGUAAUCUACCUCCUAGACUGUAGUUCUAUACUUGUUUUGGUCAAUUUGUGCCACUUUAUCGCUUUUACUAUCAUUCCCAUUUUUUUUUUUUUAACGAUUCUCUGAUGGGACUUUUAAGUUCGGAAAUUGUAUAAAGCAUUUGUAGUAAGAUUAAGUAUAAAAAGGCAAAAAAUAAAAUAUUUUAAAUUAUUUGUCAGUUGUAUUAUGUUUUUUUUUUUUUUUUUGCAUAUAUUUUUAGGGAUGUGAAUCUUAAAAAAAAAAAAAAAUGUUCACGUACUGAGGUUUGCUGUUUUCUCCACUAUUCUUUUUGUUUACUUGGAUAAGUGAUUUUUAAUAUAUUUUAUUGAAAUGAUUACUGUUUGCAGAAUUGAGAACAGUUAAGGUUGUCACUGCUUUUGAACCUUUACGACAUUGACAAAUAUAUUUUACUUAGAGGUAUACACAACAUAAGAUGUGGUUUAUGCUAUUUUUAUUCUGGCAUGAAAUCAUGUGAUUGUCAGAUGUGUUUUAAAAAAAAAAAAAAACUUUUAUGAUGUUUCAAGCACUUAACCUUAUAGAUGGGGCUAUCGUGAUACCUUUUAUAUACUUGUAAUCAAUAAAAAAAACUUUAUCAAA